AUGAGGGACAAUACUACCGCAACGCCCAAAAAUGUGACAGACAAGCCAGUUAGUGUACCGCCUGAACCACUUCCUACGACUACAAAUUCGACCCCUAAACCAGAACCGACUUCUUCAGAAGCGCCACCGAAUACAACUGCAGCUCCAGCAACAACAACGACAACAGCAACAACGAAUGCAACCACAACUCCAGUACCUACUACACCAGCGCCUACCGAACCGACUACACAGAAAACGACAGAAGCUCCGAUAACUACGACAGCCGUACCAAACACGACUAACACAACGACUGUUCCAACGUCAACGACAACCGAAAAUUCUAAAUCUUCGACUGGCUUACCUGUGACCACUGCGAGUCCCGACGCAUCGACUCCGUCACCGUCCGAACACCGUCAUUUCGACGGCUUAAGCUUUAUGGGUGGCAUCAUCCUGGCCUGUUGCUUCGUGGUAAUCGGAGCUUUCUCAUGGAAGAUCUACAAGAACCGCAAGGAUGGCAACUAUCGCGUCCUUUGA